AUGUCGGACGGCGUUUUGCAACUGUGCCGAUACAUGCGUCUCGUUCUCGGCGAACAGCUGGACCGCCGGUUCGUUCUCGGGCUGCUCCUGUGCGGACGCAAGUUGCUCGUCUGGUUGUGCGAUAGGUCGGGGCUGAUAGGAACGGAGGACCCGAUAGAUAUUCACUCGGAGCCGGAGACGUUUAUCCGGAUCAUCAUGGCCUUCUCCCAACUGGAGCCGCAUAGGCUGGGCUGGGAUCCUAACAUGCUGCUCGCGCGAGGAGAGGAAUGGAUAGCCCCCACCGACCCUUCGGUAAAACCGUCGGACUUUGGCCAAUCGCUCUACGACACCAAGUGGCAGAUUACCGUGCACCCCGGAAGAGUCUAUUACACUACGGAAGCUCUCAGUAUCAUACGGGCCGCAUCGUUAUCAGGAAGCGGGACGGUGGUCUGGAAGGUGCAAGACGAGAAUGGGGAGGAAUGCGUUUUGAAACGGAUUUGGCGUCUGAUAACGGCUCCCACGGAACAAGAUAUCCGAUCGGUGUUAACGAAGGAUUCGCCGGUGUGCGAGAUUGAGUUUUGCGCAGAUGCUAUGGUGGACGACGCCGUCGACAACACUCACCAGUCGAUACGUCGGGGCUUGGAGGAGUUGAGGGCUAAAAGUCUGGAGAAGGUCUCUAAGAGGAGGAAGAUUGCCGAUGCGCAGGCUGGCGUCGACGACGCGACCCACGCUGAGAAAUAUAUCCAUUUAUCCGCCGAGGGCAAGUUAGAAAACUUGGGCGAGGAACGCCAGCCCGCUCGGCGAGUUUGCACUUAUACCUUGAUGAAGACGUUCGGGAAGCCGAUCAAGUUCUUCACAAGCGUGGGACAGCUUUUGCGCGCGAUGCGCGAUGCUAUACAGGGGCACAAAGACCUUUGGUUUAGCCGCGCAAUGCAUAGGGAUAUCAGUCCCGGCAACAUCCUGAUCGUCGAAGACGGCAAGUAUACGGGCCGUCUCAUCGACCUUCAAAACGGCAAGAUAUAUGAACACGAUGUCGAAACUCCCUUCACCGACCCUCCAGAUGACGAGGAAUGCGAAUCGUUGAUCAAGGGGCUCAAGCGUAAACUCGGCGUCGAACUUUCGCACCACCAGGCACAAGAUCUUCUGAACCGCCAUGGGUUUGCCUGCGAGAUUGAAUCUCGCUGUCUAGCCUUGCAAAGAAGGAAGUUUUCAGACCAAGCCAUAAUUGCGCAUAUGCUUAGUACCACGUCCGAUAAGGUUGCAAGUUUUCCAGACGUGGAUCGCGCGACGGCGAAGAGCGAAGAGCGAUUAACUGGCACGGAGGCCUUCAUGAGCGGCGAGCUAUUGCUACCCGCACCCAAGCUGUACGAAAAAACUUCUGAGAACCGUACCCACAAUCACCACGUCAUCCACGAUGUGGAGUCGUUCUUCUGGGUGUUCGUCUACCUCUGCAUCACUCGAGACGGCUGUAGGGGAAGUCGCCGCCCUGAAUUGGGACCUUCUCUUCUCGACCCUAAGGACAUUCCCCUUCGACUCUUUGUCGACUGCCUAUUCGAUACAAAGUCUCACAAGACGCUUAUUUACACCAAGGAGAGCAUACUGAACGCUCCCGAUCACUUCAUCAAGUCUAUACUUCCAGAGGUUCACCCUGACUUACAGUGUCUCUCGACGCUGUUGGAAGGGUGGUGGCGGCUCAUGGCCCUUUCGUACCUGACUUACGAUCGCCUUACCCCGGGGAUCAUCCACGAUCAGGUUCUCGCUCUGUUCGACGCCGCCAUCAAAAAGUUGGCCGAGGCGCCUCCCCACGGUGCGGACGAGAAGCGUACCACGACGCCCGAUCUGGCGACGCAGCAGUUGCCGCCUAUUCUGGGACGGAGCGAGACCGAGCCUUCGACGCAAACCGGACAUUGGGACGGUUCCCCACGCAGGGCGAGGAGUUCCCCGCCUAGAAGGAGUCCCUCGCCUAGAAGAGAUGGAUCCGAAUCCCCGACCCCGAAUCCCAACCCCGGUGCUGCGCCCGAAUUCCCCUCGAGUAAGAAGAGAAGGACGGACAACGAAGGGGACCUUGAGCACCGCGAACGCGACAUCGACGACGACUCUGCACCUCUGUUUGAUUGA